UAUUCAAUUCUAUCUAUCUCGUUCAGCGGUUGAGGGGAGUGUGUGGAAGGACGGACUAAGGGGAGAUGGCCUCUGCAACAUACUCGAGCCUGGCUGGUUCCAUCGCCUCAAUUCGCAGACGACCCGCCACCUCCCAAUCCUUGUAUACCUCCCUCCCUUGUCACCUCAAUGGAAUUUCACGCCUUAGACUCAUCUCCAGCUCAAGAACGCAAGCCAAGUUUGAGAAAUUCCAAGGCCAGGAAAAUCCGGAAGAAGACGACGCACAAGAGCCACCAGUUGAGCAAGUCGAAGAAACUGAAGAGGAUGACAGUUGCUUGCCUUCUGAUUUGGAGGGUGCAGUUCGUCAAUCAGGCCAAGCAAGUGCGGAGUUUGUUUCUUCAGGAGGAAUGAGAGCCAUAGUGGAGCUAUUAAUUCCACAACUGCAGUUUCUUGAUGAUGAAGGGGCACAAAUUGAGCUUUGGGAACUGUCCAAAAUAUUCUUGGAUACGCUUAUUGAAGAAACAGGGUGCCAGAGAAUUAAAGCCAUAUUUCCUGAUGCUGGUGCUGCUGCACUAUUGAAGUAUCAAUGGAAAGAUGCUGCAUUUGGUUUCGCCAGUCUAGGUGACCGAAAGCCUGUGAAUAGUGAAGACGAGAUUGUUGUGAUGGUGGUUCCAGAUUAUCAGAUGUUGGAAUAUGUCCAGAAAAUUGCAUCUGACCUCUCAAAUGAUCCACCUAGGCCUCUUAUUAUGUGGAACCCACGCCUUGUUAGUGAAGAUGUUGGAGUCGGCAUCAAUGUUCGACGAUUGCGACGGAAUUUUCUGAGCACUUUUACAGCUGUCUACUCGAUGAAGCCUCUCCCUUCUGGUGCUGUGUUUAGAUGUUACCCUGGAUUGUGGAAGGUGUUUUAUGAUGAUAAGGAGAGGCCAAAUAGGUAUCUGCUUGCUAAGGAAUUGAUACGCCGUCCUGAUAUAGAAGACCUCGAGAUUAUUUUUGGUGGACAGGACAAGUCAGAGAAGGGAACAUCUUUGUUCGAUCAAGCAGUAGGAAUCUUCUCCUCGAUAAAUCGUUUUAUGAAAGUUAUUUCCAGAUGAUUUUGGCUUUCAUUGAAUAUUUGCAGUUCUUCUAUGUCAAAAAUCAACUAAUAUUUGCGCAUCUACUGGUCACACUUGAUUCUUAUUUGACAGAUGCUGUUCGAAAUUGCUUGUAUAAUAGCUUGAAUAUUGUCCCUGAAUUUUAGGGAUACAAUAAUACUAAUGAAAAUGUAGUCCUAAUUUUACUGAGA